AUGUUCUCACUGACAGCAGCACAACGUCACUGUUCUCAUGACAGCAGCACAACGUCACCUGUUCUCACUGACAGCAGCACAACGUCACUUGUUCUCACUGACAGCAGCACAACGUUGUCUCAUGACAGCAGCACAACGUCAGUUCUCACUGACAGCAGCACAACGUCACCUGUUCUCACUGACAGCAGCACAACGUCACCUGUUCUCACUGACAGCAGCACAGCGUCACCUACUGACAGCAGCACAACGUCACCUGUUCUCACUGACAUCAGCCAAACACAGCACAACGUCACCUGCUCAUUGACAGCAGCAACGUCACCUGUUCUCAUUGACAGCAGCACAACGUCACCUGUUCUCAUUGACAGCAGCACAACGUCACCUGCCUUGAUUGACAGCAGCACAACGUCAUCUGCCUUGAUUGACAGCAGCACAACGUCACCUGUUCUCAUUGACAGCAGCACAACGUCACCUGUUCUCAUUGACAGCAGCACAACGUCACCUGCCUUGAUUACUAACAGAACAAUGUCUCAUGCUUUGAAUAACAGCAUCAUGACGUCGACGUCCUCCUUGAUUAUCGCACAAACUUCGCCUACAUUAACUAACAGUAGCAAUACGUCCCUUGCGUUGGUUUACAGCAGCACAACGUUGCCAGCAUUAAUUAACAGCAGCACAUCAUCGACUAAAUUAAUUAACAGCAGCUUAAUGUCACCUUCCUUAAAUAAUAGCAGGACAUCGUCACCGUCCUUCAUCAUCAGCACAUCGUCGCCCGCAUUGAAUAACAGCAGCACAGCGUCGCCUGCCUUGAUUACCAACAGCACAACGUCUUCCACCUUAAUUAACAGCAGCAGAACGUUGCUUGUCUUAUUUAACAGCACCUUAACGUCACCUUCCUUAAUUAACAGCAGCACAAUGCCACCUGUUCUCAUUAACAAAAACACUACGUCGCCUUCUUUAAUUAACAGCAGUACAACGUCGCUAACGUUUAUUAACAGCAGCACAAUGUCAUAUGUUCUUAUCAACAGCAGCACAACAACGCCUGCCUUAAUUAACAGCAGUACAAAGUCGCAAACGUUUAUUAACAGCAGCUCACCGUCACCUGCCUUGAGUCACAACAGCUCAACGUCGCCAUUUUCGAUGACCAGCUCCACGACGUCCAUGUUGACUUCAAGCAGCAUGGCCAGUGAGAUCUCCAACUUAACGACGACCGAGAGGACAACUUCAACAUCCUCAGUCACGUUGAACAGCACGUCUGCACCUGAGUUGACUAGCGGGUCAAGGUCUGACAGCAGCAUGACGUCAACCACCUCAGUCACCAUUAGCAACACGACCUCGCCAGGCACUGCUCCCAGCACAACCGCUUUUCCGACUACAGCAUCGACCUUCACCACGGUAACAAGCAGCACCAGCCGCGAGCCUGCAACCUCCACCACCUCGAUGAGGAUGAGAAGAACGACGCACGCACUUAGAACAAAGACUACUACAUACAAAAGGGACGGGAAGAACAGGACAUCGCCAGUCCUUCGGACGAAGCCGACCCCCGCGACCGUCACCCUAGCGGGGCCGUAACCCUGAUGACAAGCAAUCCUCCGCCCUGACCCGGUGACCCCGGCGACAGCGGUCAUGUUGAUGAUGAGCACGAACUCGAUGACCUCCAGACGUAUACGGCGACGAUGUGCACGAGACUCAUGCGACUGGAGAAGGAGUGGACACAAGCAGUCUUGAUGACCCUCUGACCUCUGGUGUGUCAUUGUUCACGGCUCCUGCGUGUCAUUUACUUUAAAUAUAUUAUCGAUAAUAUUUAUUCAUAUUAGUCAUUAUAUCUGUCAAUCUUAUCCACAGUGUGACUAUCAAUAGUGUGAAUUCGCACCGCAACCGUGUAUAAGUCGUUAGGCAGUAAUGUGUCUACCGGAGGAAGUUCAUUACACCAUGUGGGUAUCGAACCCUGGCGCCCUCAGAUUUGGAAGCCAGUCCUCUUGUAUACGCUUUCACAGAUUCCCCAAUAAGAGAAAUAUUUGUGUGUAUGUCCAGGUGCAUGCAAGUGUAUGUGCGUGAAAAAAUGAUAAAAUAUAUAAAAAUGUAAAUAAUAUAGAAUCCCGGUGUUUGGAUUGGGCUGGAAUAUAUGCACGUUAUAACUAUACAUUUGAAAUACAAUUUUUUGUGUAUUUUUAAGCCUUAUACCAGUCGCUACAAUAACGCGCUUUUGUAUUAUAUGUCAAUGUUGUUUAUAUUUGAUAAUUUAAAAAACGUUUCGGUUGGACAGAGGUGUAUAUAGUGUUUGUAUGCAAUGAGUGUAAUGGUGUAAGUGUGCGCGUUUGUUCGCGAAGACAGACAUAUAAUAUUUUUGCAAACUCCUUGUAUAAAGUUUGUUGCAAUA